AUGGAGCACGUGCUGGGCGCGGCCGCUCGAUACAGCGGAGGCUGCGCUCUGAGCGCCCGCCCGGAACGGCCCAGGAGACCAGCACAACUUGACACACCCGCUGAAAGUCUAGCUGUUACGUCUGUAGCAAGAUUGAUCGCCGCCACGGCUCAAGUUUCAGUGACCCACGACCCGGCCAACCUCUAUAGCGCGAUUGAUGGAAACCGUAGCUCAACGUUCACUAGUCGAUCAGACGACGACCCGAGUAGAAUGAUGAAGCGUCGAUUUCGAAGCGACAGCACUCGAUUGGCUCGGUCGUUCGCGUACAAAUUAGUAUCGGAUGUGUACGUUUUGAGUUAUAGCGCUUUGGACUAU